AUGUAUUUGUACUGUUAAUAUGAGAGAACAUAUAGACUCAGGAUUAGGUGGUUUGCAGUUGAUGAUCAAAGAAUAUAAGUUAUCAGUUAGUUUAACUUGAUUCCGCCUCAGAAUCUCAGUUAUUAUUAUGCUAAUGCUAAUUGUGAUACUUAUUUCAUUUCAAUUACAAGUUUUAGUUCGAUAGGGCCUACAGAUGUUUAACUAUCCGUAAGUUUUAAUUAUAUUAUACAGGUUUUCUUCACCCCUCCAAAUAUUGUUUCUCUUUAUAAUCACUAUUCUAUUGGAAAAUCAGAAAACUUAAUCUCUCUUGGGUAUUAAAUUGUUUUAGGAAUCGAUGAAUUCUUCAUUAAAUCUAACUCAAUCUUAGCGCUGACAAAUUAUUCUUCUAAUGUAUAUGAUCCUAAUCAAGCAGAUCGAGUAGAGUUUUAUCCAUUUAGCGGUAUGGCUUUUCAGGAUUCAUUUAUAUUACAAUGGCUUGUAGUUAUAGAUAACAAUGGUGUUGGUACAAAAUAUUAGAUAAAUGAUUGUAAAAAUUAAAUUAUUAACAAUUUUUAGGGGGAGCAGGAUAUACUCCAAAUUAUCACAAUAAAGUUCGAAUGUUGAAAUCUUUUACCAAAUUGGCUUAACCUAUUGUGUGCAAUUUUAUUAGAUUUUCUUCAAAACUUGAAUAUAGAGGUUUGCCUAGGCCCAUGUUUUCAAUUGAGUUCACUAAUGAUUAAACUGUUUUUACAGCAAGUGCAUAUCAUACAAUAAACAAGUCGAUUUCUAACAUAGAAUUAAAAAUUAAUUGCAAUUGUAUCACUGGUAAAAAGAUAAAAAGUAAAUUGUUUAAAUGUCAGAAUUGUCCUGUAAGCUAAACUUAUUAUUAAUUUGAACAUUCCUGUUAUGGAGCAAUUAAUCUAUUAUUUAUUAAUGCUCGAUUCAUAACCUAAACUAAUGCUAUUUAAGAACUAUUAAUUGAUAUUACAACUUCAACUUGUAAAAUUACUUAAUUAAUCUACAAUCAAAAAUUAUCAACAUUUGUUAUUGUUGAUAUAUAAAUGAUUGAUGGUUGA